GGGAGAAGGAGGGCAGAAGGGAGGAUUGGCUAGGGAGAGCAUUUAGGAGCCACCCUCCUUCACUCAGUCACUCUCCCCUGGCCAGUGACUUUCACCACUCCAAGCAUCUGCUGCUUGCCAGUCACGAUGACCCGCACCCUCUGCUUGAGCUUCCCUCUGCUGCUGCUGCUGCUGCUGUCGUCCCUUUCCUGUCCCGCCCGUGCUGAACCCCGGCGGACCACCUCCUCUCAGCGCAGGGCGGCCCGCGCACCCGCCGCCAAGGUGCGCUUGGCGGGCGGCAAUGCACAAGGGCCGCACGAAGGGCGCGUGGAGGUGCUGCACAACAACACCUGGGGGACCGUCUGCGACGAUGAAGUGGACAUCAAGAUGGCCAACGUGGUGUGCCGAGAGCUGGGCUUCAGGAGCGCCGUGACGUGGGCGCACAGCGCGCAGUAUGGAGAGGGAGCAGGCCCAAUAUGGAUGGAUAACGUACGCUGCGACGGCACAGAGCAGUCUUUGAAAGACUGCAAACACAACGGUUGGGGGGUGAAUGACUGCAAACACGGCGAGGACUUGGGGGUGGUGUGCACCCCGGAGCAGAGGCCGGACCCGACAGCCGGAAGAGGUCACGCCCCCGCUGCUGCCAGGCCCAACGGCAGCCCUGCGCCUCAGUGGCAGGGCCUGGUGGCCACCCGCAGGCAGCCGGGGUAUGGCUACUAUGGAAACGGACAUCAAGACGAGACCCCCAGGUUCCAAAGACACCACCAGGGUCACAGUAAGGUGCAAAUCGAGGAGGUGCGUCUUCGUCCCAUCCUCAUGGCGACCAAGCGGAAGACCCUGAUCACAGAGGGUGUGGUAGAAGUGAAGCAUGCUGGAAGAUGGAGGCAGGUUUGUGACCUCGGUUGGAGCGUCAACAGCAGCCGAGUUGUGUGCGGGAUGCUCGGCUUUCCAGAGGCUACGCAGCACAACAUCAAGUUGUACAAGAAAAUAUGGGAUACCAAGGUUGCAGAUCCUUUAACAAGAUUGAGCCUCAUGUCAAAGAAAAAGGGAUUCUGGGUAGAAAAGGUUCACUGUCUGGGUACUGAGAACUGCCUGUCAGAGUGCCUUGCUCAGCUGUCCAUCCCGCGUAGUCCCAGUCCUUGUAAGAACGGGAGACAUGCAGUAGUGAAGUGUGUGCCGGGACCUCAGUUUGCUCGCAUCUCCUCAGGAAGACCCCAGGCCCCCCAUCCAGCUGUGCCUGUGCGACUGAAGGCCGGCCCCAGGCUGGGCGAGGGUCGCGUGGAGGUGCUCCGAGACGGAAAGUGGGGGACCAUCGUGGACCACAUGUGGGAAAGACCCGCAGCCAGUGUGGUGUGCAGAGAACUGGGCUUCGGCAGUGCAAAGGAUGCCCUGAAUGGAGCCUUUAUGGGUCAAGGUACGGGUCCAAUCCAUAUGAACAGUGUCCAGUGUCGGGGGUCAGAGCGCUCCAUCCUAGACUGCUACUUCCAGGAAGUCCAACCGUGGACAUUCAAACACAGUCAGGACGCCUCAGUGCGCUGCAACGUCCCAAAGACCGGAGUGGAGAACACGGUGCGACUUGUUGGCGGUAGAGUCCCGUCAGAGGGUCGCGUGGAGGUGUUGAUGGAGGUCGGAGGCCGUAAGCGCUGGGGCUCCGUCUGCAGUGAGAACUGGGGCAUCAACGAGGCCAUGGUGCUAUGCAGACAGCUCGGCCUGGGCUUCGCUGCCAGUGCUCAUCAGGAGACCUGGUACUGGCCCGGUGAGUCAAAUGCAGCAGACGUCAUCCUCAGUGGAACUCACUGUGUGGGCACGGAGUUUUCCAUUCAACACUGUCGCCGCAACAGCCAUGUCCAUUGUCCUCGAGGGGGUGGAACGAAGGCUGCCGGGGUCACCUGUUCAGACACGGCACCCGACCUGGUUCUGGAUGCCCAGCUGGUCCAGGAGACCGCCUACCUGGAGGACCGACCCCUCCACCUGCUGAGCUGUGCCAACGAGGAGAACUGCCUGUCCUCGUCCGCCGCCAGGAUGAACUGGCCUUACGGCCACCGACGCCUGCUGCGCUUCUCCUCCCGCAUUAUGAACCUGGGCCGCUCCGACUUCAGGCCCAAAGCGACGAGAGAGAGCUGGACAUGGCACCAGUGUCACAGGCACUACCACAGCAUCGAGGUGUUCACACAUUACGACCUGCUGACUCUGAAUGGAACGAGGGUUGCAGAGGGACACAAGGCCAGUUUCUGUCUGGAGGAUACGUAUUGCCCCGAUGGACUCCAGAAGCGGUUCUCCUGCUAUAAUAUGGGUGAACAGGGCAUCUCUGUGGGAUGCUGGGAUACGUAUCGCCACGACAUUGACUGUCAGUGGGUGGACGUUACGGACGUACGGCCAGGAGAUUACAUCUUCCAGGUGGAAGUAAAUCCGGCGAUGGACAUGGCUGAGUCUGACUUUAUGAACAAUGUCAUGAGAUGUCGCUGUAAAUACGACGGACACAGAGCCUACAUGUAUGGAUGUCACGCAGGCGAUGCAUACAGUGCAGAGAUUGAGGACCUGUUUGAGCACCAGAGGCAAAUCACCAACAACUUUGUGUAGCCCAUCCCAGGGACCGGUGCAAAGGCCUUCCAAUGGGGCCCCCGGAGACCACCCAGGGUGGGAGGUCGAUGGCCCCCGGGCCCCUUUGGGAACAGAGGACCCAAAAUAACAGACAACCUACAAAAUGGCGCCUGAUCAUCUUUUUCACAGACGUGGCGAAGACAUUCGUGAGCGCAUCAUAUCACAGCAGCGAUCAUUGCAGAGACUCCAUCGACAACAAGAGUGGAACAGUCCAACGUGUUUUGUACUCUAGUUAAGUAAGAAGAUAUUGAUUCAUACUACACAGAUUUUUGUGAAUGUGGAAGAACAGGAAUUUAAGUUAGUUAUUCAGGUUGUUUCCGCAUGAACGACCUUAAUGUUGCGAUGACUAAUCCUUCACAAAGACAACGGGGAAGAUGGUGCUGCUGGGGAACCUCAUUCCUGAUUCAGAGAAAGAAUUAAUAAUAAUAUUGUGAGGUGGAUUUAAUGCAACAUUGUAGCGACAUUACUAUAAUUUAAUAAUUUGCUCUUUUGGCAUUAUUUCAUUGAAAUUGUUGAAUUUUGUAGUUGUUGCGCUUUUUACAUUACUGUAUCGGUGCUCUUUAACAGUAGUGUACUUCGCAAUAUUAACCUCACUACAUUUUAGGUGAACAGUACUGUGCAAUGCAUUUGGGUAGUUUUCUCACACAGUUAAUUUGAUAUUUUAUCAUUGCAUUGUUUUUUUUUAAAAGCAUUGGUUAAAAAAAAGUGUAGUUUUCCUAUGAUAAUUUGCUUCUAAUCUAGAUUAAGAAAAGAAAGAAAAGAAAAGGUCAAAUCAUUUUUUGUAAAAGAGCACUUUAUCCUUUAAACAUCAGUAUUCUAGUUUUGCCACCAUAACUAUUUUUGCCACCAAUUAGAGUUUGAAUUAUUGCUAUUUUGUUUUCAUAUUCAAUUUAAUAUUUAUGCUGCAACCGUAUUUAUUCAAGGACUUAACGCAUUCACAGCAUGCUCAGUAAAAAGUUUGUUAGCGUUUAUUUAAUAAUACUGAAUAUUUUUAGUUUUUUGAGAUGUUACUAAUCAGACAGGGAAAAUUAUAUUACAUGAUGAUAUAGUGUUCACAUGAUUUAUUUCAUUUAUCAAACAACUCUAACUGUACAGUUUUACUUUUAGCUUUUCUUUGGUGGGAGCAAAAAACGUCCCGACAAAACCACAGUAUGGUGACGGGAAGGCGCGCUGGGUUUUCAAACCUUCUGAGCUCCCGUAUGUGCUUCAUAAACAAACAGAGGGAAUUCUUACGUAACCUGUUACGCACUAAAGGGAGCGGAACGCAACCGAAUCACAGAAAAAGCAAGAAUCUGGACAUCCGUCUUUACACAAACUACAAUAAAUCUUUUGAGGGAUGCAGUGAAGGAGACGGUGGAUCAAAGAACGUUUGAAAAAGUCAAACAGAAACGGACGUGUGAGAAUUUUUUGAGAAGAAUUAUACAGACAGACACUUUUUACGAGCAGAGUAGCGUGUUUUUUUUUGUAGGCAGCCGUACAGAGACCACAAGCCGACAUCUGAAGCUCCACAACCAGAACAACAUGUUUGUCUGCGAGAAGAAACAGAAACUCCUAAAUCAGUACACAGUAAACAACAUAUUUUCACAAAAUGCGCUGCAUCGCUCCACACUUUCUUUGCUAACUUGUUAACUCCACACUUAACAAUGAUUCGACUCCAUUGUCUUCACCACAUGGGACUGCUGUUAAUCAUGUUGUUUUUACCCCAUUAGUCUUUGAUGCGUUUGGCUUAACGCCUUAGCGGCUGAACCCUUUUAAGGCGGCUUUCUAACGGCCAGUUUCCAGGACAAGAUGUGGAAAGGACAAGUCACCAAGUCAUAAAGACAACUGCAGACUGAAAUACUUCAGCACAUUGUCUUCCUCCUCGCUGGGCCGUGAUGACUCCACGAAGAGAGCCUCCAAAGAAUUGGUUACUUCUCAUAAUAACUUUUUAUAAUCCCGCACAAAUACUCAAAGCUGUUGGACACUGACACACCGAGAUAAAUCUGAGUCUAAAAUAAGUGUUUGUUGAAAUGAUUUUCUAUUUAUCUUUGCUUGUGUACAGUUCCUCCUGACAUAAAUAGGGUCCUGUUCUGUGUUAUUUAAGAUGAUAUGCCAUUUCAUAUGGGUUGGUUCAUAUUAACCACUCUCAUCACAUUACUGUAUUGUACCCGUGCUACAGGCGUAGCACUGCGACAUUUCCGUGGCCAGUUGUGUUUUAUUUUGUCUUUAAAGCUGAGAGUGUGAGCUACGCGGCGCUUAUCUACAACCAUAAUUCGUAGAAAGCUGUGCUCUCAGGGACUUUAACCUCAUUUUAAAGAGAAAAACAAAUAAUAUUAAUGUCAUGUGCUCUUAGCUGUGAUGCAUACACUCAUACAACAAGUAAUCUGUGCCUACAUGCGUAUGGAGGAACGCGAGGAUAACUUUGGAUAGACACUGGCGUAAAGACAAAAUCGCAAUCCAUUCAUUCAUUCAUUACUGUGAAUCAAUAAAACUUUAUCACAUACUA